CGUCGGUGGUGCCCGUAUCCCCCCCCUCCAACGCUGCCAAAUAUCCUGGCCCCUCCUCUCGAUGUAGCCACCUUAGACAAGCUCUCUCCAACCCCUUCGUCCCCAGUUGUUGUUGCUGCACCAACAUCUUUUCGAGAAACCUUGAUAGAUGGUGAUGCUUCUCGUUUGUCCCCUUUAGUUACAUACGAGGAGUUAGUAGCUGCAAAUCAAACUCAAGAUGCAGUGAUUCCCAUGAUGGAAGACGUAGAGAACCCCCCAAAGGCCAAAAUACCAAAAGUGAGGAUUCCUAAAUCAAUUUGGGAACGCUUAUGUGGCCCAUGGAGGAAUGCUGUGAUAAUUAAACUACUGGGGAAGAUUGUGGAUUUCCAUCUUUUGCAUGCUCGCUUACUCCGGCUAUGGAGGAUUGAAGGGGAAUUUAUGAUGAUAGAUGUGGGACUUGGUUAUUACAUAGUCAAAUUCUCAACACCACAAGAUUGUUCUCUGGUAUUGACUGGUGGCCCAUAUAAGAUGUUUGAUCAUUAUCUAGCAAUGCAACCAUGGGAGCCAAGUUUUCAUCUUGCACGAGCCAAGGCCCUUAAGACUAUAGCAUGGAUCAAGUUGUUUGGAGUCCUUAUGCUCUGCUACGAGGAAGCCAUUGUAUUAUAUCUAGGCAACCUUGAAGAGUUGCCUCAAUCUUUAAUCCUGGUGGAGUAUGAAGGUUUGCAUAAGAUUUGUUUUCAUUGCUGUGAGUUCAGCCAUAAGGAAGAUUUUUGCCGUUUCAAGAAUCCAAGACAGUCUCCUCCUAUUCGGAACCCAAAUGCCAAAGCCAUGGUUGAAUUGACUCCGACUUUGAAACCCAAUAUGACUGAGAAUAGCAUGGUGAAUGGUCCAUGGAUGGUCCAACAAAGGAAGAAUAGGCAGAAAGCUCACCAAUGGCAAUCUCAAGCUUCACUGUCAGCGGCGAAUCAAGCCCCAAAAGUUACGGGGACCACUAACAUUGUAAAUGGAAACUCUGCUGAUUCUGCAGUGAAUGUGCAACGUGGAAGGAAUGUGGGAUGUCGUGAAUUUGGAAGUAAUCGUUUCGCAGCAAUUGCGGAUAUUAUUGAGGAGGAAACAUAUUGGAUAAAUUCAAAUGCUGAAAAGGCGGUUAAUGUUGGGGGAAGGGCUAAUCCAAUGGAAGCUUUAAGGCCAUCUACCAACAUAGUUAUUACUCCCAUUCCAAAUUCUAAAGCCCAAAUAGUAGCCCAAACUAAAUCGGCUAUAAGUCAAGCCGUUAACACCUCUUCAUAUCCACCACCUGCACCCACAACCUCAUUUGUUAAGUCUAAAUCCAAGAAAUCCAAAAAUAAGAACAAACUUGUGGGUCCAGUCCACAAAGAAUCCAAAACACCAAACUAGAAGCCUUAUGAAAUUGCAUUUGUCUCACGGAAACAACAUGGAACUGAUAUCAUGAAUACGCCUCCAACACAUACUGUAAACACCAUCCCAUUACCUCUCCCUCCAAGUAAUGUGCAAACUCACGAGGCAAGGUCUAGUACUCUUACUACCCAUCAAACGCCUCAAGCACCCACUACUUUAGAUAUGGGGUAGAGCUCAAGACAAGACAUCAUGUUGCAGGCUUUUCCAUUUGGGAUUGUUUGUAAUGGAUCACAUGCUGCACUUGAAGCAGUCACCAAAUUCACAUCUUUAUCUCCAUGAAGAUAGUCCCUUGGAAUAGCCGUGGGGUUUGGUAUGGACCUUUUCAAAGAGAAUGUAAGGAAUUGCUUAAGUUACAUAAACCUGAUGUAAUAUGUUUCCUUGAGACGAAAGUGGAUUCUAUUGAAAAUGCUUUAAGCUUUACGAGACGCUUUGGUUAAGAUCAGCAGCACCAAGUUCAGUCUCAAGGUAGGGCUGGUGGACUUUGGUUAUUUUGGAAGUCUUUUUCGAUCUGCAUGUUUGUAUUGUCUUCCUCUAAUCAAGCAAUUCAUUGCUC